AAAGCUGAAUUUGUCUCAGAUAGGAUGCCUCUUGGUUACCGUUACUUUUCAUGAGCAUAUCUCUUAUUAACUCAGCAUAAUGUCAAGAUGAGAUGAACUUCCUUUAUUCGACUUCUGUCGGUGAGAUUUUGACUGUAUAUAGUGUAGCUGCAAUGUACAGUUUAAAAGUCUGCAAAAGUGAUUCAUUUCCCCGUUGACUUGCUUUAAAUUUAGCAUUGAUAUAGUCGCAGCCUUGAAUUGCGUUGCGACAGCGGCAUCCUCAGAAAUGACCAGCAAAUGAAGCUUACCUACAGAUUUGCUUGCGAUGGACUAGGAGGAUUUUUAUUUGGGCUGCUGAGCCCUGCAACUUUAUCCUCGCGCUGUGAAGACACUUGUGAAGAUUUGAUAUCAACAUUAGAAGCAUGAGGUGAAACUCUUCACGGAACUUCUUGUGAAUGGCACGGUCCACGCUCAGGUGUGGGGAAGCGUGCGUGCAAUAAAAGCCGAACAUCAGCCGAACAGUGUUAAGCGAAGAUGUUUUCUGAAGAAGCUAAUUUCAGUUACACUUCAAACGGCACGGAUGACGACUGGAGCGACACUCCGGCUGAGAAACUGUCACGGACGGGACAUAAUGUGGUCGCCGUUAUUUUGGGAUCUAUUCUGGUAUUCGGGAUCCUGAACAAUUUCAUCGUGCUCGUUCUGUUUUGUAAAUUCAAGACCCUGCGGACUCCAGUGAACAUGCUUCUGCUCAACAUCAGUGUGAGUGACAUGUUCGUCUGUCUGUUCGGAACCACGCUCAGCUUCGCGGCCAGUAUCCGUGGCAGGUGGCUGGUGGGGAAACACGGGUGCAUGUGGUACGGCUUCGUCAACUCAUGCUUUGGGAUUGUAUCAUUGAUCUCUCUGGCAAUCCUUUCGUAUGAUCGUUACAGCACUUUAACCGUUUACAACAAGAGGGCCCCAGACUACAGCAAACCCUUGUUGGCUGUCGGGGGCUCCUGGCUCUACUCACUGUUCUGGACAGUUCCCCCCUUGCUGGGCUGGAGUAGCUAUGGACUGGAAGGGGCAGGAACCAGCUGUUCGGUUACAUGGACGGCCAACACCCCGCAGUCACAUUCCUAUAUCAUCUGUCUGUUCAUUUUCUGUUUGGGAAUCCCCGUGCUGGUCAUGGUAUACUGUUACAGCCGGCUCCUCUGUGCUGUCAAACAGGUAGGGCGUAUCAGGAAGACAGCAGCACGGCGGAGAGAGUACCACAUUUUAUUUAUGGUCAUCACUACAGUGGUGUGCUACCUUUUGUGCUGGAUGCCUUAUGGGGUUGUUGCAAUGAUGGCCACGUUUGGACGUCCCGGGAUCAUCACCCCCAUUGCGAGCGUGGUGCCGUCCCUCCUUGCCAAAAGCAGCACAGUCAUCAACCCUGUGAUUUACAUCCUUAUGAACAAACAGUUUUACAGGUGUUUCCUCAUCCUGUUUCAUUGCAAACACAGCUCUUUAGAGAAUGGACAGUCCUCUAUGCCUUCAAGAACUACUGUCAUCCAACUCAACCGAAGGGCUUAUAGCAACACAGUGGCUGGCAAUGCACCUCCAUCCAUUGGUCUUCAAAACGAGUGCAGCACCCCUGUCUCAGGCUGAACCAAUCCACACAAAAUCACACCUUGAUAUUCCAGCCCCAUUCUAAACCUAAAUACUGUCCCAAAUGAAGCCAAGACAGAAAUCAUCUGUGUAGUGUUGUUGAGUGCCUACAAAUCAAAAGCUGAAAAUCAGAACUGUAGCAAAGUGAUCUCUAUAGUCGUCUUUGUGAUGACAAACUGUUGUCUGACCUAACACACACCAUUUUCAGUAAGUAUUUGUAUGUGACUUGUCAAUGUAAAUGUUACAAAGAGCGAGAAAAGUGCAAAUAGCCACUGGUGACUUGUUAAAAUGGAUGUUUAGAUCAUGUGCUGGUGCAUUACUUCUGAAUGUGCUUACCCCCUUGUUGUCUGUAUGUUCCCAACCCAUUUAAGGCCAGGUUGAAUAAAUCUACGAAUUUAAAGGAAUCUGGAAAACUGUAAAAUCCGCAACACAUGACUGCUUUGUAUUCUUUUUCUACCCUGCUCCUAAUCUCAACAUUAUCUACUGGAGAUCAAGCAUGGUGACAUUUGGAUCAUUAGUCACAUCAUUGCUUCAAAUGAGUCCAGUGAUCUAAGACAGUAUUUCCAAACUUGGUCACUAAUGAUAAAUUAAGAGUUUACCCAAAAAUGAAAAUUCUGUUAAUUUGACCCUCGUGUCAUUCCAAACUCUUAACAAUUUAACUAAUUUAAGUGUCCUAUUUGGUUGGGUGAAUUCAGUACAAUGGCACUAUAAGCAAAAAAAAGUGCAUGUGGUAAGCAAAAAAGAAAAAACAAAAACAAAAAACAUAAUUUCCACGUUUUGGUGAAAAACACUUGAGCAACUGUACAGUAAAAUCGUGGCAAACAUCAGUGCUGUCCUGUGCACCAUCCAGAAUGUCACACUCCCAUCCAGUAGGUGGCGAUGUACUGUCACUGUAUUGAAUUCAACCAAACAAAUAUUCAUUAGAGACUUCUCAAUCAGAAGGCUACAUCCUAGUAAAGCUGCAUAUCUUGGCUGCCACGUCUUCAAGCACCUUUUAAGUCCAUCUCAAUCUGAGGGAUCCUUGGAAGCAUGUUUCGAAGGAUGCAUCAAAUAUAUCCUUUGUGUCCUCCCAUCAACCAUAACAUCAUAUAAUAUUUUCAUAAAAUAAAUAUAAAGAUUUUUAUUAUAAUGCAUUUUUUCCUAAAUUCUUUUUUAAAUAGCAUUUUUGUGAUGUGACCUUGGGGGCGAAAACUUUAAUGAGAUUUACUGAACGUGUCAUUCUAGUAGUUAAUGCUGAGAGGAGAAGUCUCACAUAGACAUCUUUAGAUGGACUGAAGUAGGACGAUACAUCAAUAAUACCCCCUUGUGAUCUUUUUAAAGCUUUCACUUGUUUUGGAAAAGGCGGUUGCUAUGAAGCGACUAAAUGGGCCUGUAGAAGUUGUCAGGGGCAUUAAACCUCAACAUGCCAAAGUGUUAAACUCAGCUACUUAAACUCAUCUAGCCUGCUUUAACAGCCUCAUCGUGUUUAUAAUCACACUCUUGCAAACAUAAUUUUUUACUACAAGAAGACUGAAGGGUUUUUCAAAGCUUAAUGGUGGCGACGUUGAAAUCAGUCAUCCGUGAUGUAGUUUGUUUAUAGCGUUUGUUGAGCUUGUUUUCUGCAAUAAUCUAAAAGCAAAUGGACAGAUCCUACUGGGCUUUUGUUGAGGCAACCAAAAAAUAAAAUAAUGAUAAAUUAAAAAAUGUUGUUCCACAAAAAUAUGCCAUCACAGCAGCAGUCUAUUGUGAAGCACCCCAUCUCAUUUUGUUAUCCAAAGAAGAAAGUAAGUCAUGGUUUUGGAACAACAUGAGGGUGGAAUAAAUGAUGGCAAUGUGGUUGAACAAUUCCUUUACGUCAAAGCCAGAAUGGUGUGUUAAAGGUACACUCCACAAUCACUCACUCAAAACAAUGAAUGACAAAAAAGAUUAACAUUUCCACAUUGGAGUUUGUUGUAGUAGCAGAUAUUGGAUUACACCUUUAUCUACGCCCAUAUGAUGUUUGAUAUGUUUAGGAAUGUUUAUUGUCUGUUUGAGAAUCAUCAACUUUUAUUAACAACUCUGAUUCACGCAGACCUUGCGAUUAUAUGUUGUACAAGAAAAUAAAAGUCCUCAACCUUUGAUCAUUGCCUCUUUUAGAUCUUGAGUUUAAGCCAAACUUUCAUUCAGUCAUUAAGAUUCAGCAAUGAACUCACGCGGCAAGGGAGACAACACGAAAGAGUGUGUUGUGUUUGCAUGCAAAUGCAUUGGCUCUAUGCUGCCAAAGACAGCAAGGUAAGUAUCCUCUAUAAAUGUUAUGAGAGUUUGCUUUUUCCACAUGAAGUGCCUCCCUGACUGACUGACUGAAAUAAUGCCUUCAUGCCCCCGAAAAAUUCUAAUUGAUAUUACCUAGUAACACAUUUCAGCAUUUGCACACGCACACACCACACAUGUUGGGUUUCCAUGUUUUAUGGGGACAUUCCAUAGGCGUAAUGGUUUUUAUACUGUACAAACUGUAUAUUCUAUUGCCCUAAACCAACUGUACACCUAAACCUACCCCUUUCAGGAAACUUUGUGCAUUUUUAGAUUUUCAAUUUUUUUUAUUCUGUAUGAUUUAUGAGUUUGUUUCCUCAUUUGAACCAAAAAAUGUCCCCACAAGGACAAGGAUUUCAGAUAUUGACAUUUUGUCCCCAUAGGGUUUACCAGGACCACACAAACACACACACACACACCCUACACUCUUCAGCCAAAAAUUAAUUCAAGAGGAACAGUGAAUACAAAUAGACAUGAUUAUCAUUUGUAAGUCAGUAGAUACGGUGGAAAAGUAGCCAGAGAAACAUUUGAUCUUGCUUAAAUUAAGGUUGAAUAUGUGCGUCAGCUGCACAGCGUAGCAAAUCUCUCAGAAAUUACUGUCACAACAUGUGGCACAACAAUUUUCCUGAGCGCAAAGAUCAAAAAGUGGACAGAUUGUGU